UUCAGGCGUUCUGAGUACUUGUCUUACCCAUUGCGCCCCGUGGACUCUGUGUUCCUCCCAUGGCAUACACAGUCUGCAGUAAUCUUGCACCACAUCAGCUUCUCUGUAAACCAGAGAUCUGCCAUGCCAUGCUUGAUGUUGUUGCUGAAGGCUGGAAAACACACAGAAGUCCUUGCACCGGUCUAUGGAAAAAGUGUCAUGGAGGUCUGCAUAUUAUUCCUUUGUGCUAUGAUAUCUCUCCCAGGUAUUGCUGCCAGUGUGCAUCAGGUGAAGGCAUUUCUCAAUCACACUGCAUACCUAUCCUGCUAUUUUCCAAACUCUCAGAAAAUUGACAUGAGGGACUUAAUAGUUUUUUGGCAAAAAGGCUCUCAUACAGUGGUGCAUGAAGUAUACUACGGUGAAGAAAAAUGGGAGCACCUUAGUCCUGAGUAUAUAAAUCGCACCAAGGUGGAUAUGGACAAAUGGACCUUGCAAUUGUUAAAUGCAGGAUUUAAGGAUGAGGGACACUAUGAGUGUAUCAUACAGCACAAAAAGGAAGGACCGCCAAAGGUCAUACACACGUCUGAGUGCUCACUGCACAUCAUUGCCAACUAUAGUCAACCUGAGAUAGCACAACUGCACACCGGGGAACUAAAGCCCAAUGGAUAUUUGAAUCUUUCCUGUUCGUCCAUUGGAGGUUAUCCAGAGCCCAAGGAGAUGACUUGGCUAAUUUCAUAUGAAAACACAACAUACAAGCAUAUGCCUGACAUGGACAUCUCACAGGAUGCCGUAACAAAGCUGUACAAUGUUACUAGCAAGCUGAAUAUCCCAGUUCCUACAAACAGCCUCACUAAUAUUAGCUGCUUGCUUCACCUCAGAGAGCAGCUGGGAAUCCUUGUCUCAGCACCACUACACAUUGAGAUACAGGAGAAAGAAAUGGAACAAGUAAAUAUAAAUUUCUCUGGCCCACUUAUAGCUGUGGUUUUACUGGUCGCACUUCUUCUGGGUUUUGUGAUAUUGAAGAAGAACAGAAAUAUCUUGUCUACCAACCAGAGAGGGCCAUAAUGCUGAGACAGGGAAGGAUUUAAGCAAGGCAUGUUUUCGGAUCUCACGAUUGACUACCAGAAGGUUUUCAAGAGAAUAUCUAUUGGACAAGAAAGUUAGUGAAAGUUGAGAAAGACUUGGAAAUGGAUGAGGUCUGAGAAAGUGUAAGGAGAAGAGUGAUACGCUGGGCUGGCUUGCAACAGGAAGUGCACAUGCAUCAAGUGCAGAUCUGCUUCACAGACUCCAGGAAAGCUGGGAAAGGCUACUCUCCAGACAGCAGACAUGCCACUAGCAAGGAGAGGUUCUGCACAGAAGUCCAGAAAUCCAGAAUACACUUACAGCUGUUGACGUGCCUCCUCACAUACUUGUGAUAUUUACAGCAGAUACGCAAGAUCAAAUUUUCCUGCACUUCCUGGUUUCUUGAUACUGACACAUGCAUAUUUUUUGUCCAUUACUUCUGUUAAUACAACUCUAAAACAAAGAAACUAAUGAAAAUCAUAAAAAUUAUCCCUAGCCACCCAUUUCUAAUAAGCAAUGCUUAUUAUUUCAGAAGGACAUAGACCUAGGAAAAAACAGAAAGAUGAGUUGAGGAUAGCUCAGACUGCAGUUACAUACCUACAUGCACAGCUGAUGCACUGUGUAUAUUGCCUGCCCUCUUCUGAAACAUGCUUUUGAUUUAACUUGUACAGGUGUGAAAAUGAGACUAUGACACAGAAGCAAAGGAGAGAUCUUACUUCUUUACCUUGCACUGUUAAAUGCACUACUGUAUCCAGAACCGUGUCAUAUCUCAAAAAGAUGUUAAAAUAUUAGAAUUAGAAAAGAAGUGAUAAAAAGUGACUAAUGCUCUAGAAAGCAUGUUUACAACGUGAAGUUUAUGGAGUUCAACCUAUACAGACAAUGAAGAAAAUGGAGAAAGGACCUGAUGAAUCUGUCUAGUAUUCCAACACUUGAAUUGACUGGAGAUCCUUCCUGCUGAGUGACUCAUACUAGGGAACCCAGAACUGGACACAGUACUAGAGGUGUGGCCUCAUCAGUGCUGAGUAGGGGGGAAGAAUCACGUUCCUUGACCUGAUGGCAACACUCCUCCUGAUGCAGUCCAGGAUACCGUUAGUACUCUUUGUCACUUACAUUCAGUGCAGUGUCCACCAGGACCCCCAGGUCUAUUUCUGCAAAGCUGCUUUCCAGCUUGUCAGCUCCCAGCAUGUGCUGAUGCAUGGAAAGGAGACAGAGAAGCUAAGAGUCAGAGUAAUCAGGUUUCUUGAAUGUAUAUGAAAGAUCCAGUAUAUACAUACAUGUACAUGUUUGUACUGUGGAAUAGAAAGGGACUGAUUUAACAAAAUAUUAGAGGGAAAACAAAUUAUGAUACCUAGCAAGAGAUUCUAAGUGGAAAGAAAAGCCAAGACAAAUUCAAGGAGAGAAGAUGUUUAGUAUUAUAUUUCUUAUCGCUAGAUAGCUUCUUAAAAGAAUUAUCAGUGGCCACAGCUUCUAUUACUCAAGUUGCCAAUGGCAACAGAGCAUAUUGUGAGUGAGAUAGAAACCAAGCUUUUCCUAACAGAUCAGGCACCCAGAUGCAGAGGACUUUAAAACUCUGAGACCUUCUUUCUUCAGAGAUUUUUCUUUCUAUGCCUGGGAUACUGUGCAAGAUCCACUGUCCAACCACUGUUUGGAGAGUGUCUCAGCUGAGGUUUGAUCAGAUUGGAUGGGCUGAAACUGGCAGAAUUGUGCUGAUGGAUAACAACAGAUCAUAUGGCCAGUCAUCUUUGUCCAGCUGUAUUAGAAAAGAUAAUUUAAAAUAAAAAAAACCUCAAUAACAACUAAUUUCUUCUUCAGCUUUAGUUAAACUACAGUUAGAGCUUAUACUUAAAAGGCAAAGCUAUGGCUUAACAUCUUUAAAAUCAUGGGUAAGAAGGCUAGAAGUGUGCAGGAGUGAAAGCUGUUUUGCAGACCGAAGCCUUUACAGAAAUUCAAUUAGACUAUUAGGAAGGUGUUUCUUCCUUAAUUAGGUCGGUGGUUAAGUCCUUCAAUAUUAUGUAUGCACUCAGAGCAGAAAAUGUGUAAAAACAACUCAGUAUAGGAACAGAGUAGGUUUUAUGAAGCAAUAUACCAAAAUGCUCCAUCAGCAUAACACACUGAAACAUCAAACCCCAGCUUCCCCUAAAGUAAUGCAAAGCAGGUGUUUGAUCCCAGAACACAAUUAGGAACCAUGGGAGAUACUUAUCUUCUCGUAUCAGUUUUACUACUCCUAAGCUUUCUCUCAUGGGCAAAAAGUGCACAGAAGUCUGAAUUCAAGGGUAUCACAUCCCAGACACUCAUUCGCGGGGUAAUUUUGGGGUGCUGACUGCAGCUGGCCGCUCUAAACUCCAACACAAAGAGCUGCAGUGGCCGUACAC